AUCUUUGACUUCAGUGCUACACAGCAUAUGACACUAUCACACUAUUGGCUGAUGAACUAUAUGGCUAUCAAGCCUCAAGAAAUAAUAGCAGCAGAUAAGAAGAAGUUCAAAGCACUCAGAAAGGGUGACAUGUGUAUCACAAUUCCUAAUGGAAAGAAUCAGACAACAAAGGCUCUUGUU